AUGCCUGGAAUCACUGCUCACGGCAAGUGGACAGUGACCCCGGGGAUCCCCAUGACCAGCAUCACUGCCAAAGACGGGGCUUUAGAUGACUCUCAUCCCUCUUCUCUACUUCCUAGUCAGAUGGAUGAUGAUGGACAGCCAUGCAACACUGUCCAAGAGAUGACCACCCUUAAGCACAGUGACUUGGCUGUCGAGACCUCUCUUCCCUCCGUGACUGUGGGUCAGAUGGAGGAUGCUGCUGGUCCAAGCAACACUCAACAGAGAGAAGCUUGUAGGGUUCUUAAAGACAAUGAAUACCUGUUUGCGCGACCAGGGGCCAUGACACACUUCCGAGGAUCAGAUUACUUCCGGUACUUUGCAAAGCAAUGUGGUGCUGCGUGUCCCAGGACACUGACAUCGACCAAGCUGAGAAAGCAUGCCGCAACCUUGUCAACAGUGCUAAAGAUGACAAACACAGAAAUGGACCAACUGGCCAAUUUUCUCGGCCACGACAUUAGAGUCCAUAGAGAAUAUUACCGGCUGCCUGAGAAGACCUUGCAGCUUGCUAAAGUCAGCAAACUCCUGAUGGCUCUCAAGCAGGGUAGAGUGGCUGAGUUCAGUGGGAAAACUUUGGAUGAAGUUGAGAUUGACCCAGAUGAAAAACUUCUGGACAGUGAUGAAGAUGACGAGACCAUGCAUGAGGGAAACCCUAUUGAUGAUGGUAGGUCUAUGCACUGUGUGAUGACCAGCAUCACAGCCAAAGACGGGGCUUCAGAUGACUCUCAUCCCUCUUCUCUGCCUCUGAAUCAGAUGGAUGGUGAUGGUCGUCCAUGCAACACUCUUCAAGAGAUGACCACCAGUAAGCACAGUGAGUUGGCUGUCAAGACCUCUCUUCCCUCCGUAACUGUGGAUCAGAUGGAGGAUGCUGCUGGUCCAAGCAACACUCAACAGAUGACCACCCUUAAGCACAGUGACUUGGCUGUCGAGACCUCUCUUCCCUCCGUGACUGUGGAAGAGACACUUCCCCCUCCUGAGAGGAAUGAAACGCCACUGGUACCACAGGAGGGGCACUCGCCUCCUUCAUCAGAUGAUGAGAUACCAUCAGGAGUCAGUGCUAAGAAACCUUCCUCCAAAGGAGCACACCUGGAAGAAACUGAGAGGGAUGACAUGUCACACAAAAGAACCAAACCACACAAGAGGCGCAAACCACCAUCAUCAGAUGAUGAUGAGAUGCCAUCAGGAGUCAGUGCUCAGAGGCCCUCCUCCAAAGGCAAAGCCAUACAGAGGAAGAAAUGUCCCUGGCAGAAGACAGAAGUGCAGGCGGUGGAAAGGCACAUGAUGAAGUUCAUCAGAUCUUUCAUUGUGCCAGGAAAACUGGAUUGUGAAAAGUGUAUAAGGGCUGAACCUGAAGCCCUUAAGAACCGGGACUGGCAGACCCUCAAAUUUUACGUUUACAACCGCAUUUCAGCGUCCAAAAGGAAACUGCAAUGUAAGUAGAUAUUUGGUUACCAGGUAAGGCAGCUCCCCUCACAACAUGGGUUUGAGUUAGAAUGUUGUCCUCCAAAAAGGCGUCGUCUUUUGUUUGAUUUUUUGUUCUAAAUAUUGUAAAAAAAAGUCUAAGAAGAGGUUUUUUUUGUUUGUGUAUCAUUUGACCUCAUCUGAGUCAAUUUGUUCAGUUGCACU